AUGUUCAGCUCCAAGUUGUUGUGUUCGGGUUCGGAGAUGAUGUACGCAAGCCCUUUUCUGAGUAGCUCAAGGCAAGUGGCCGGAGCCGGUUUACGGUGUUGUUCUUGCAGAGGUGCUCAGGUAAAGGCUUCAUACUCGAGUUCUUCGAAAAAUGGUAAUUACGGUGAAGUUUCAGCUAUACAACAGGAUCUCUUGGACUCUUGUUCAUAUCGAGUCAAUGGAAUUAAUGGUUCGAAUAAUAGUUCCUUUUUGAAUAAAGAUAAAGUCUUGGAUUCAUCUGAUGAUGGGUAUGAAGGAGUCGUGAUAAAUCCAGAUACACUCCCGACUGAUACUAACGAAUUCGCCUCUCGACUUCGUUUUUCUCUGUACCAAUGGAACAUAAGGGGAAAGAAGGGGAUUUGGCUCAAGUUGCCGUUAGAAAGAUCUAACCUCGUUCCUGUAGCUGCACAGGAAGGAUUUGUAUACCAUCAUGCAGAAAGAUCAUAUGUCAUGAUGACUUACUGGGUCCCACAGGGACCUUCCCUUCUUCCUCCGAAUGCUUCCCAUCAUGUUGGAGUCGGUUCUUUCGUGAUCAAUCAUAAAAAUGAGGUGCUAGUCGUGAAAGAAAAGCAUUGCCCUCGAGAACUUGUUGGUCUCUGGAAAAUACCCACCGGUUUCAUUCUUGAGUCAGAAGAAAUCUAUAAUGGGGCAGUACGAGAAGUAAAGGAGGAAACUGGGAUCGACACUGAAUUCGUGGAAGUUGUUGCAUUCCGGCAUGCCCAGAAUGUUUCUUUCGAAAAAUCGGAUAUGUUCUUCGUCUGUAUGUUACGACCUCUGACUACAGAAAUCAUGGUUGACAAUGUAGAAAUUCGAGCAGCCAAGUGGAUGCCUCUGAAUGAAUUUGCAAACCAGCCUUUGAUAGUAAGGGACAACAUGUUCAAGAAAAUCGUCGAGAUUUGCAUGGCUCGGCUAGGAAAGCGAUAUUGUGGACUCUCUGUACAUCAAAUGGUUUCUAAAUUUGAUGGCAAAUUAUCCUCACUGUAUUUCAACAUGAUUGAUUAUCAAGAUUCUGGUUGUGAAGCUAACUAA